AUGACCAUAGAGCUGUGGGCUGCUGGCCUAGCGGACGCCAAAUACGGCGCCCGCACCAUAGAGGCCAUACGCUCACGGCUCUCGGACUGGUGUGGGAGGCGCCACGGCGCAUUGAAUUACAAACUUUCACAGGUGCUGACAGGACACGGGUGCUUCGGGCGGUACCUGUGCCGUAUAAGAAGAGAGGAGACGACGUCGUGCCACGAGUGCGGCGCUGAUGAGGACACCGCGCAACACACCCUUCAGGUAUGUACAGCGUGGUCCGAAGAGCGCCGCACUCUGGUAGCGGCGAUCGGUGAUGACCUCUCACUCCCAGGCGUAAUUUGCGCCAUGCUGGGCAGUGAGGGGUCAUGGGAGGCGGUUUCCUCCUUCUGCGAAAUU